GACCUGAGUUGCAACAUCACAGUCUCCGGUAAGCAAGGGAAUACACCAGCGCAUCUGGCGGCAGAAUCUGGAAGCAUUUCUAUCUUGAAGCAUCUUGUCGAGAAGAAGGCAGACGUCCGCACGUGUGAGAACAUCGCCGGCUACACUCCCCUGAUGAUGGCCGCCAGCGCUGGAAAGGCUGACUCAGUUCGCUUCCUUCUAGAAAACGGCUGCACUCACGACAUAGUUGACGCCAAUGGCAGGACACUCGUUGAGCUCGCCAUCAGGUGGGGCAAUCCCUCGGUGAUGCAGGCGCUCCAAGACUUCGGCGCCAAA